GAACGCGUCCCUCCUGUAACAGAGCAAAUGCAACACACCGGAUGGUACCGACCGCAGGGGUUGACUGAGUCCGCCAUCAAACGCUCCUUGUACGGCCCGAAAUGCCACCGCAUAUGGAGUACUUCUACCACGAGUCCCGCGUCCCCUCCGCUUGCGGGCUAACCCGGGAGGACGAGCUGGAACCCGGCGUCAUCAGCUGCAUGCUGGUCGGGGACGGAGCCGUGGGCAAGACCAGCAUGAUCGUCAGCUACACUACCAACGGCUACCCGGUGGACUACCGGCAGACUGGCUUUGACGUCUUUUCUGGUCAGGUCCAAGUUGAUGGGACCCCAGUCCGAGUUCAGCUUGUGGACACAGCAGGACAGGAAGAGUUUGACGAGUUUAGGUCGCUGUCCUACUCCCACGCGGACGUCUUCCUCCUGUGCUUCAGCAUGGUCAACCCCACCUCCUUCCACAACAUCACCAAAAAAUGGGUCCCUGAGAUCCGCGCCUACAACCCCACCUCACCCAUCAUCCUCGUCGGCACACAGUCGGACCUCCUCCUGGACGUCAAUAUCCUCAUCAACCUGGACCGCUCCAACGUCAAGCCUGUCCCCAGCACUCGGGCACAGAACAUGGCGGAGAAGAUCCGGGCUGCCGACUACAUUGAGUGCUCGUCGCUCACGCAGAAGAACCUGAAGGAGGUGUUCGACACGGCCAUCUUUGCCGCCAUAAAGAACAAGGGCCGGCAGGCCAAAAAGAGGCGCUCGUCGGACAGGGGGACUAAAACCUUUUCCAGGUGCAGCUGGAAAAAGUUCUUCUGCUUUGUCUGAGCGUCGAUUCUCCGGGCUGUGGACCAACGCUUUUUAAUUUAUUCACAGCUUGUGGAAAUCUCUCUCAAACAGAGAAGACUUGACAGAAUGGGAAGAAUGCUCUGGAGCUUCUGAUUUAUGCAUAGUUUGUUGCCAGGCUUGUACCAUAUCAGGACAGCUUUGUUGAAAACAUGCAAAACCAUGUCAGUUUUGCAUGUCUGUGUGGCAAAAGACAGGGCGUUGAAUUUAGGUUUCAUUACACGAAGCGUUCAGAGCACUCUCCUUGUUUUCACCUAUUUAUAAUGUCUGGUUGCUGUGCGAGGUUUCACAUUCUUACCGACUGGUUCCAGUGCCUCGCGAUAAUUAACUCACAGGGAAUUUUUGUAUUGUUACGAAAGGCUUGUGUGUGUGUGUGUGUGCGUGCGUUCAUGUGGUUUUUGCCGUACAAGGAGAAAAAUAACAUUUAGUUUUGGUUUUCAACUUCCUGGCAAUCAUCAACCAGGAACGUCCAGUAUGUAGCAUUUAAUAGACUUUGUUUGGAGUGUCUAGUUUGUCUUUUUAACAUCAAAACCAGCAUCGGCAGGCAACUAUGGUUCUAAGAAGAAGAUGAAUUGCAUCUUUCAGGUUGGCAGACUAAGGGAAGAUUUAAGAUGCACCUGAGGGAAGUGCCCCGAUGUCUCCAGAUACAACUGGAUGAGAUGACAGGAUAUUGAGAAAUCUGGUCCUCCUUAAGGAGUCUACUGCCCGCGCCAACCCAGGUGGACUAAACCAGUAAAUCUAAGACAACCAAAGAGCAGCGUCAAACUUUUGUGUUUAAGGGUCUACGGCCCCCACAAAGAUGUGAAAGGACAGAAAAAGAUUGCAUAAACUAACUCAGGCACACUCCAAGGUACAAACUUGACUGCAAAAACAGCACUAUAAAUUCAAUGUGGCUCCAAUGAAGUUGCAAACUUCUUAUAGGACAGCGUCAUCUGCUGAGUAUGGUGGGGCACUGUCAAUGCAAAGAUUGUGGGGUAUCGGUACAAUAAAAAAGUAAUAUUUUGUAUCGAUAUGUGUAUAAUUGAGCAAAACUUGAUUAUGCUUCUUGUGGAAGCGGAAUGGACCAUGUUUGUUUUCAAACAUCACUUGUCUGUUAUUGUGGAGCCCAUGUGUUUUCUUUACAUGUCAGAGUGAUUGACGCAAAUAAAUGAAGUGCAAAUUA